CCCUUUAACACCAAAGCUUAACGGCGAGCCUCUUCCACCACAGCUCAAUCCACUGUCCACGUGUCCUCAGAACCCAGCCGAUCCCCGACCGCACCCUCGCCGACCUCCAAUUGGUGCCGAAGGAUCCUCUCGCCGGCGCCGCGAAAUCCCGAGAUCUCAAAAGGUCGCGCAAUCUAGCCUCUCAAUUUCUCUUUUAUACUAAUUUUGAUUCUAUGGCUGCAAUCAAUGUUAUGAAAAUCGGGCUAGGCGGCUAGGCGCCUCCACCCCGUCGCCGUUUUCACGUUUUGAACCAAAACUGGAGUCGCCCUCUCUCAGUCUCUCCCUCUCUCUGCGGUCCGGCCGCACGAUUCUCAGGCUCUCGGCGGCUCAACCUCUCUCCGACUGUCGGAGUCGCCGGUGACAACGAGUUUCUGUCAUCAGUCACUCACUCUUGGUUUGCUUCUUCGACUCCUCCUCAAGCUGUCAAGCCACUCCUCAAGCAGCAAACUUUGGUUCGAUUUCUGGGGAUCGAAUUUCUGGGUUUCAUUGUUUCAAUCUCACAAUUUCUGGGUUCACACUUUUCAGGGCUUUCUGGGUUCAAGGCUUCAAGGAGUUCAAGCUCGGUGAUUCUGCAAUACAUUUAGGUACUCAGGUCAAGAAUGCCUGGACACGAAGUUGCCAAAGAUGACAUGAUGAUCGAUGAGUAUGAACAGAAGCAAGUGAAUGCUGUUCCUGAUGGAUUUAACUCUCAGUAUCUCAAAAUUUACUAUGGAAAGCUCUUCCCAUAUGAGGAAAUGUUUAAAUGGAUGUCCUAUGCAAAUGAUGGCAAGCAUCCUGCAUGCAACCAGUCCUACUUUGGCCGGAGAGAGUUUUCUUUCACACUGGAUAAUGAUGUUUAUCUGCGGUACAAAACUUUCAACUCCGUGUCUGAGCUUGAAAAUUCUAUCAAAGAGAAGUGCCCCGUCAAAAUAGAUAUUGGGCCUGUGUACAAUGUUGAUCCUGCAAAGAGGCAUUCCUAUGCUCAAAGUGGUUGCUACCCCGAGGAGAGGGAACUGAUUUUUGAUAUAGAUAUGUCAGAUUACGAUGAUGUUAGAUACUGCUGCUCAGGAGCUGAUGUGUGCCUGGAGUGCUGGCCGCUUAUGACAAUUGCUAUCAAAGUGAUUGACACUGCCCUUCGAGAUGACUUUGGUUUCAAUCACAUUCUCUGGGUAUAUAGUGGCCGACGUGGUGUUCAUUGUUGGGUUUGUGAUGGGAAAGCUAGAAGGCUCACAAAUGAACUGAGAGCAGCUAUUGCUGACUAUUUUCGUGUCUACAAGGGCAACGAAAACAGUCAUAAAAAGGUUUCUUUGAUGGGCCCUGCUCUUCAUCCAUUCCUUGUGAGAUCAUAUACUGAAGUUCUUAAGGAUUUCUUUGAGAGGACAUUGCUUUCCAGUCAAAAGAUAUUUUCUACUGCAGAGAGAUAUGAAAAGAUCUUAGAUAUGAUUCCUGAUGAAUCUGUCACUUCUGAGCUUCGGGGAAAGUGGCAAGAUAAUAGACGAACCUCCAAUGCAAAAGAAGACAUUAAUGUUGCUCGUUGGGAGCAGCUGAAACAUUUGCUGCAAUCUGGGAAACAGAAGAUGCAAGGACUGCGUAGAUGUGUGGAGGAGAUUGUGUUCUCUUAUACCUACCCUAGACUUGACAUGGAGGUUUCAAAACAUAUGAACCAUUUAUUAAAGGCACCAUUCUGUGUACAUCCAAAGACAGGUCGUGUUUGUGUUCCAAUUGAUCCCAACCGUUGUGAGGAUUUUGAUCCUACUGCAGUUCCAACCCUUUCCACUCUUAUAGAAGAACUUAAUAAUGAGGGUUUGAGAGCAGAGGCUGAUAACGACCGGGAUAGAACGUCACUUGGAAAAUCAAUAAGAUUCUUCCAAUCAUCAUUUUUGGAGCCUUUGGUAAAAUCUUGCAAGGAGGAGAUGAUAAGUUCCUACAAUGCGAAACUGCAGCAGUCGAAGUUGCAGCAGUCAAAGAACGUGCUUGCUGCAAUCUAGUUCAUCUUUGUGGUAUCCAAUUCUCAGGACUCAUUUAGUUCGUGAAACUGAAAUUUCCCAAUGACAUCAUUAGGAUUUAUGAAUGAAGCUGACAAUCAUGUAAAUGUGUCAUAAAACACCUUUGUGCUGCAACAGUUUCGCUUGCACAUGGUUGCAUCUUAUUUCACAUUUUAUUUCAACAUUGUCGUUCGGUACAAUGAAUCAUAGGAACUGUUGAAGCAUACUCUGUCACAAUCUUUCAUUUUAUCAUCUUUUUCAUGAAAAAAACUGUGGAAUGUGUAUUACCCCACAGACAUGUUUA